GUAAACGUCUGUCGGAAGAAUCUCUCCGGCCUCCAUUUUCCGUUUCGAGCAGAUUUCUGAGCUUCCCUUCGGCUCUAGGGUUUCAUUCUUCCCCGGAAUUUCUUUCUCUUUUUCUCUUUCAGGUUUGCUGUUGGAUUUGGCUGAGUUAAAGGUCAAAGGGAUGAGGUAUUAGUGUUCUUGUGAUGUCUUCAACAUGCAGACAGAUUCAAAAGUUUCUUUUUCCCCUGAGGCACAGGCCAUAGACCUUAAUCAGGAGAACAUUCCAACACAAAGUGGAGAUCCUGGAAUAGUUUCAUCCACUUUGAAUAAUAGUGCAUCAGAGAAGCCUGCUAAAAAACCAACACGGCAAUGGGCUGCUUGGACACGUCAAGAGGAGGAAAGUUUCUUCACUGCAUUACGACAAGUUGGGAAGAAUUUUGAGAAGAUCACUCGUCGUGUCCAAAGCAAAAACAAGGAUCAGGUUAGACAUUAUUAUUAUCGUCUUGUGAGGCGCAUGAACAAGCUACUGGGUCCAGGAUUAUGUUUGGAUGCCAAAAAUUCUAAAGAUACUAAUGCUGCAAUGCUUCGAUGGUGGUCUUUAUUGGAAAAGUAUAGCUGCAGAGCCUCAAAGCUUCACCUAAAACCUCGCAGAUUUAAAAUAUUUGUGGAAGCAUUGGAGAAUCAACUGUUGAAAGACCGGAAGAAGAACAUAAGAAAACGGCUUUCUCAUGGAGAAAAUUGUUCACCUGCAUCUCCAAAUGCUAUUUCAAAUCAGGGUAGAUCAUCAGGACAUGAUUCUCAUCCUGUUAAACUGGUUCUUGUAGACAGUCAAAACAUUCCAAAAUUAGGACCUGGAAAAGGUUCAUUUAAGCGGAAUGCCAAUGUUGGUGUUAACCGGAGCAACAUCAAGGGGGAAUCAAUUACCAUGAAACCUACAAGGCAAAGACGGAAACCAGCUGCCUCAUCAGCUGCAUAUAAAAAGUGGGAAAAGGCUGCAAUUGCUGGGGUUUCAUUAGUUGCUGAUGCUGCUGAGCAUUUGGAGAGAACAACUUAUGAUAACGAAACUGAAAAUGAUCAAGACAAACCAGGGGAAAAAGUUCUUGACCAAGUUGAAAACAUCCAGCCCUUGUUGCCCAUCUCCCCAAACCUUUUUGUUGACAGCAACUUGUAUGGUGCCUCAGGGAAACUUAAACUUCAGUUGUUUCCAAUUGAUGAUAGCACUAGAAGAGCCUUAGAAAUGGAUAAACACAAUCCACACCUGGAACUAACUCUUAGUACACGAAAGAAGAUUUCAUCAGUUUUGGAGCAUCUGAAUCGCAAAUGGGGCAAUUCAAGUAUAGCCUCAGGAGAACUUAUGCUUUUUCCUUACAUUGUUCAAAGGGAAAACUUGGCUGGUUAUCAGAGAUGGACUCAGGCCUCUGUUUCCAGUGCUCUGGAUGUAUAUGCAAUGAUUGGAAGCCCUCCAAUAUUUCGCUUGAGGUAUGGUUGGUUUUGUGAUGCUGAACUUGAUUCUCUAACAUGGAAAGGACCUUUUCCUUCUUCCAAUGUUCCAAAUGUGAAAAUUAUGAAUGUUGAAAGUAGGAAAGGGCAUGCCAAAGAAGCUGUGCCGACCUUUGUUCCAUGCACUGAGGAUCCGUCUGAUAAACUUGUGGAUAUCACUCCAGUAAAAGAAACUCCUGUUCUGGAACCAGUUUUAACUACAUUACCCAAUGGAAUGAGUAGGCACCAUGGCACAUGCCUUGAAAAUGAUGUUGGGAAUUCCUCAGUUCCUGUAAUAUGUAAACCAUUUCAUAGAAUUGAGACAGGCAAUGGUGAUCUCAUGGGACAGUUGGAAGAGGCAGAUAAUCAGAGGUUAAGCAGUGGUACCUUAUUACCUGCUGUGGAGUGGGCUGACAGCCUUACCAACAUAAGUAUUGGAGAUCUACUUUCAGAAGUGCCUGAUGAUUUAGAUUCUAACUGUGUGGACCCACCUUUGGCUGAAGGUUCUCAACGUCUCCAGCAGAUUCCAUUCAGCUGUGAUUCAUUUGAUGCAGCCAUUGCUGCUCAUAUAUCUAAACAUCAAGAGAGGAUGGAAGUUCCUCCAAUUUUGGAAUCCCAUGCAUCAUCUAUCUGGGAUGCUGAGGAAACUUGUGAUGCCUUCUUAUUUCAAAAGAACCCUACUUGUCCAGAAGUUAGUAAAUUUUUUGCUGUAGCUUCCCCUGGGGUGUGCAAACAGAUUGCAAAAACGAACUCCAUGAAUUUUAGCAAACCUACAGAGGACUUACCUAAUGCAGAGGAGCCUAUGGAAAGUUCUGCUUGUGAAGGCCCUAGUAAUGAGGGUCCAUUUGAUCCCCAUAUUCUGGAUAAUUCAGCGAAAGAUUUCAGUGGACUAACUGACAUGUAUUGGCCUGACUCUUUAGGACCACUAGAUCUUGACAUGCCAUCUUCUAAAUAUCAUAGUGAAGAUUUGGUUUUAGGUGAUAGCCUUGGAGGUUUGAACCGGCUAAUUGCCAGCAGUCUAGAUGCAUUUCAAAAUUGCUUGUUUUUUGGGCUAGACAAGAAAGAUUCAACAUCAGCUAUGGAAGCUCGAGAAACUGCAUCUUGAGAUUUUAAAAUUGGCAUAGAGGUUUGAGAUCUUCGCCUAGUUUUUGAUUUUAGAGAAGAUGUUGAUUGAAAGCAUGAGCCUCACACCCAAAAAGAAAAGGGCUUGUGCCUUCCAAGUUUAUCUGACCUGAUUUUACAUGGAGGCUGGUCUUAGCCAGGAGAAUUCUGGCUCUGUAUGUAGAAGUACCCCAAUAAAUGAGCCUCAUCAGUUGAUAUGUACAAAGUAGCCUGAAAAAUGUUAACACACUUGCUGUUCCCUAUUUGUCUUUUAAUCCUUCUGUAUACUUGUUUAUAAACUGAUCAGGAGCUGCUUAGCUUCUUAAAUAGAUAACAAAGGUGCAAAUUUCACAUUUUA